UAAAAUCCGGCUUCUUUCAUCUCUCUAGCCCUCUGGACUUUUUUUUCUCCCCUCUGGAACGAUGGACAACACUGGCACGAUGAUCUCCACAUAAGUCUGCACUCUCUCCCUCUCUCCCUCUCUCUCUCUCUCUCUCUCCUCCUCUUCCUCCUCCUCUGUUGCCGGUGCUGUUCGUGGCUUAGUGCGCGUCUGGACACGGUUGAGGAUGCGAGGGAUAUACGACACGGGAAUAUAUGACAAGUGGAGGGAAUGUGCGGAAUCUCCCUUUUCAGCCCAGUUAAAGAUGUAGUUGUUGUAACGCGUGCACGGGCUCGGGACCAUUGCUCUCCACGUAGGAUCCCUGUUUAGUCGGAGCAAGUGCUUGCAAGCUGGCGGAUAUCUUUCCAACCGCGGACUGUACGCGCUCCGGUGCCGAGAAGGUUUUCGUGCCGAAAUGACUGAAAUGUCUCAAAGUCAGUGUGCUGCCUUGGUUGGUGAAGACCAGCCCCUCUGCCCAGACUUACCUGAACUUGACCUCUCAGAGCUGGAUGUCAGUGACUUAGACGCAGACAGUUUCCUGGGCGGCCUCAAAUGGUACAGUGACCAAUCAGAGAUCAUUUCUGCUCAGUAUGGGAACGAAGCGUCCAAUCUUUUUGAGAAGAUAGAUGAAGAAAAUGAGGCCAACUUGCUGGCAGUGCUUACAGAGACCCUGGACAGCAUCCCGGUGGAUGAGGACGGAUUGCCUUCGUUUGAGGCCCUGGCAGAUGGGGACGUGACCAAUGCCAGUGACCAGAGCUGUCCCUCCUCUCCCGACGGCUCACCGCGCACCCCAGAGCCCGAGGAGCCUUCCCUGCUGAAGAAACUCCUUCUGGCACCCGCAAACUCCCAGCUCAGCUAUAAUCAAUACACAGGUGGCAAGGCACAGAACCAUGCAGCCAGCAGCAACCACCGGAUCAGACCACCACCUGCCGUCGUCAAGACGGAGAGCCCCUGGAACGGCAAAGCAAGAGGGGGCUCCAGCCAACAGAACCGCCCGGUGAGGCGGCCCUGCACCGAGCUGCUGAAAUACCUAACCGCCACCGAUGACAUCCUCCUCCACGCCAAAGCCAGCGAAGCCAAGAGCGCCUGGGGGGGUGCUAGUAGCAGGGACAAGAGUGGCAUGGGUCUCGGUGCCUCUUCUUCCUCCUCUUCACCGUCCUCGUCAUCCACUUCCUCGUUCUCCUCCCUCUCCUCCACCUCUUCCUCCUCUUCCUCUACCACCUCCAAGAAGAAGCCGGCUGUGCCGUCUCAUCAACAGCAGCAGCAGCAGCCGCCACAGCAGCAUCACCAGCGAGGUGAGAGCCGGGCUGGAGGCGAGUGUAGUAUGGCUGGUCUUGGGGCUGGGAAGUGGCAGCGUUGCGCUCACGAUGACGGGUUUGAGGAGUCGGAGGGUGCUACUAUCCCUGUUGGCCACAGAAGCUCCGCCUGCGGCCAUGCCCGCCCCAAACUGGAGCACGGGCCGCCCAGUGAAGAAGGAAGGCCGCCAGGCGAUGCGGGCCGCCUGGCCGCCGCUAGGUUUAUUAGGUAUAUGCACUCUUAUUCCCUCCCUCCCCGAGAGGCGAGUCACAGCUGUGAGCAUUGCCGAGAGGCUGCAGGCGCCACUCAGGCUAGUGAGGGCUUUGGCAGGCAAGGCCGUAGCAACAGUAACAGUGCCAGCCGUGCGCCACAUAGGCACAUCACAGUGACUAUAAAGAAAAGAGACGAGAAGCCGGGGCACCCGUUACUUAGCCAGCUGCUCACCUCCAAAAACAGGCCCGCUCAGUAUCACGCCCGUGUCCUCCCGCAUACUCCCAUUACCCCUUUACGGAGCAGUAAGAGCAAAUUAGCAGCGAGGUCUGAGAGUCCAGCCCGGGCUUUUUCUAAGGUUAAGGAGGAGAAGGAGCUCAGAGGGACCACUGAUGAUAGAAACAAGGGAGUAAAUCAAGCUGAGGAGCCUGAUUCAAGGCCCCUGUUGUCACCUCUCACCUUUGACCUAGAGAGCUGGGUUAACCAGCCAGAUCCAGGGCUAGACAUGGCCUUUGGACUAGAUCUGGGGUGGCCAAGCCAGGGGGGCUACAGGGAGGAUGUUAACCAUGAUGAUGAUGAUGAUGAUGAUAAUGAUGGUGUUGUUGUUGAUGGUGAUGAUGAUGAUGAUGACCAUGUCAUGGGCAGCCCCGCAGCGGUGCUCUCACAGGGCCCACCAAGCCCACUCCUCCCAGAUACUAGCAUUGCAGAGCCCACCCCUCCCUGCAUCAUACAAGGGCAAGGGCACCCACACAUGCAGGCACUCAGCGAGCACCCCGAUGACCAGGGCCACCCAUUGUUAGCCAAACCAACCACCUUGCCACUUCCUUUGACCCCAGAGUCUCCAAAUGACUACAAGGGAUCACCGUUUGAGAACAAAACCACUGAACGCACAUUAAGUGUGGAGAUUGCUGGAACCCCAGGUUUGACACCACCUACCACGCCCCCACACAAAGCCAGUCAAGAGAAUCCUUUCAAAGCAUCUCUCAAAACCAAGUUGUCUUCAUGUUCCUCCUCGGCCUUGGCAUGCAAAAGAGCCAGGCUGAGUGAGUUGGGCCCCGGCGCUCUGGCCCCGGCCCCAGGUGCCUCAGGCAGGGGCCCCACCAGGAAGGGUCCUGAACAGACUGAGCUUUACGCCCAACUGAGCAAAGCAACCACCACCCUCCCUUACUCCGUCACUCAACAAGCAGUGGGGGGCGGCCUUGAGGAGUAUCGCAGCACCGGCAACACUAAGCGGGCAACGCCCCGUAACUACAGCGACCAUGACUAUUGCCAGGCAACAGCUGGUAAUAAGAAGGAUGGGGGCUCAGCCACUGUUACCACAACCACAGCUGUGAAAAUGACAUUCACCUCAGGUGCCACUGAUGCUCCAGUGCCUGCUGAAGGCAAAGUGGAGAGCAGGCAUGUGGAAUUUAAGGAUUCAGCCAUGCCACCGUCAUCUUCAUCAUUUCCUCCAUCGUCAGCUUCACCUGGUUUUUUGGCUAAACAGCAGAAUUUUGGGUCUGUGGAUGGAGAGGCGGGCCAGGUUCGGGGGUUAGGGGAGCACGCCCUCAGACAAACCGCUCAGAUCCCCUCACAAGAGGCCACUAUUGACAGGGACCAACACAAUCUUUGCGCCACCAGCCGAAAGCUCCUGUGCGACCAGGAAAUCCGAGCAGAACUUAACAAGCACUUUGGCUACCCUUUGCAAGCCCUCUACAGCCCGGGUAGCCAGGAGAAAGAAUCAAGCAGCAAAACGAACAAUGCUACAGCUCCUCAGUCCCUCGAGGGGGGAGAGAAUGACUGCUACCCCCAGAGGCUGCCUGCCUCCAGCUACCUUCACCCGGGGUUUCUGGCCUUUCACGACGAACUAGAGCUGGACGAGAGCCGUGAAAGUCGAUUCCUCUUUCCAUGGGAGGGCACCCCUCUGGAUCUACUCUUUGACUGCGCCCCCUGCUCUCCCUCUUCUUCCCCACCAUCCAGCUGCUCCCCUUCACGAGGCUCUGUCUCUCCACCUUCCUCCCUGCUCCUGUCACCCAGCAGACCUUCCUGCUGGGCCGGCAGCGGGUCCCGCUCUCGUUCCCGUUCCCAGUCUGGGUCCCGCAGCUCCUCUUCACGAUACCGCAGGCGCUCUCUCUCCAGCUCACCCGACAGACGCCCGUCCUCUUGGUCUCGUCACAGCACAGAUUUGAAUGCUUUUCGUUCCAGGAAUCACAAGAGCCCCCACCCCCAGCCUCGAUCUCCUCUGAGCCGCAGGCCAAGGUAUGACAGCUACGAGGAGUACCAGCACGAGAGGCUGAAGAGGGAGGAGUACCGCCGGGACUACGAGAAGCAGGAGUUCGAGAGGGCCGAGCAGCGAGAGAGACAAAGGCAGAAAGCUAUUGAGGAGAGACGAGUGGUGUACGUGGGGCGACUGAGGUCCGACUGCACCCGGACGGAGCUGAAGCGCCGCUUCGAACUCUUCGGUGAAAUAGAGGAAUGCGCAGUGAAUUUGAGGGACGAUGGGGACAAUUUUGGCUUCAUCACGUACCGCUACACUUGUGACGCCUUUGCCGCCCUUGAGAAUGGACACACCUUACGCAGGUCAAACGAGCCCCAGUUCGAGCUGUGCUUCGGCGGACAAAAGCAGUUCUGCAAAUCACAUUACACAGACUUGGACUCCCAUUCAGACGACUUCGAUCCAGCCUCCACAAAAAGCAAGUACGACUCCAUGGAUUUUGACAGUUUGCUGAGGGAGGCCCAGCACAGCCUGAGAAGGUAACCUGUUCAGUGGCACCUGCUGUCUGUCACAAAGAGGGACUUCUGAUACCUCACGGUGGUUUCUCGCUCCUUUGAUGACGAGACUACCAGAAGUUUUACACUCUGUCAAAGAGUAUAUAAGAAUAAGUCUAUAGACCUAUAUCAAUAUAAAUGAAUAUAUCAAAAAUAAAGUUUACAUGAACAUAGCUGCUGAAGAGCUGGGAAGAGACAUUGCGUUCUGGGAAGCCAGUGAACCCUCAGAAUCUGCACGGGUUUGGUGCACUCUACUGCUGAAAGAAGAAAAAGAACGUUAUUUUUUCUUUCUUUCUUUUUUGUUUUUCUUUCUUUUUUUGUUUUUUUGUUGUUGUUGUUGUUGCUCCAAGCACUACAAUACCCACAAUUCUUUUGGGGUGAGGAAGUG